UCUGGUUCGCUACUACCUACGCCAUUGCAUGAGACUGGUCCACGAAUUAUGUUUAUACGCGCCGGCAGUUAUCCACCCGAUAAGUAUACGUUCAAGGAGAUAAUGGCAGUAGCGCAUGCGCAACAAGAACUAUGGAUACGCGAAGAUGAUUAUGCGGCUGUAAAUGGUUUCAUUGAUGUCUUGGACCAAGAACUAUGGAUACGCGAAGAUGAUUAUGCGGCUGUAAAUGGUUUCAUUGAUGUCUUGGACGUAUCACGUCUAACGGCAGCGCAUUUGGCCCAACAUACGCCAAACGUUGUUAAGAAGAUGUUAGUUUUUGCAGAACAAGCUAUACCUUUGCGACAACGUGCCACGCAUUUCAUUAAUAUACCAGCAGGCUUCGAAAAGGUAUUCAAUAUGCUUAAACCGCUGAUGCCAGCCAAGCAGCAGGAGCGUCUUCAUUUACAUGGCAACAAUUUGGAGUCACUGUAUGCGCAUAUACCACAAAAAUAUUUGCCCAAAGAAUAUGGUGGUGAAAAUGGUUAUAUUGAAGAGAUUACAGAGCUCUCAGUACAAUUCUUCUUAAAUAGACGUGAUUACUUUAUAGAGGAUCAUAAAUAUCGGAAUAAUGAGAAGUUGCGUGUUGGCAAGCAGCCAGACUUUGAUAGUAUAUUCGGCAUGGAUGGCACAUUUCGAAAGUUGGAUGUGGAUUAAUCGAAAAAACUAUGCCGGGGGGUAGUGGAUAGUGGAUAGGUAUAUGAGCGAAUUUUUGGACUUACAAGCAUAUGUAAAUGGUGGAGAUACAGAUUAAUAAAGCAAAUCAAAGAUGAGUGAGUUUGUUUAAUUCAAAAAGUCAUCAAAUAUUGACAGUUGGCUUGUUUGUGCGAGGCCUUUUCGUGCCAGAAAUACACUCGUAGUUUUGUAACUGCCUGCCGAGGUGAAAGCUCUAUUAGAAUAAAACAAACGUGUACGUGGUCGGAGCAGUAAUUGACACAAGGUCGAACUGGGGAAGCACACACGUCUAACCACUAGGCUAAGGCGGCCGCUAAUACUUUUAUUCAGCUUUCUUUAAGGUAAUAUCUUAAAUUUUGAUUGGUUGAUAUUUAAAAUAUUGUAAUCAAUGAGCAUUAAAAAAACUAAUACAAUUAAUCUUAUAAUUUGUGCAAUUCGAGACCAUUUAAAAAAGUACCUGCUCAAAACAUCGUAUUUCGUGUUUUAGAUUAGGUAUAGAGUUUUAUUUGAUUUAUCUCAUUGUACAGCUCAUACGAAACUGUCGUAUAUUUGUAUUUGUAGGUACUAAUUUCACACAUAUGAACAUACAUAUGUAUAACAGUA